AUGGCAGACUACCACCCUCCAGCACCCAAACUUCAGGAGCAAGACCUCAAGGGCAAGGACAAGGUCGCGAUAGUAACCGGCGCAACCAAAGGCAUCGGCCGCUCCAUUGCCCUCUCCCUCGCAACCCGCGGCUGCUCCAUCCUAGGCACCUACUCCUCCCCAGAGUCAGCCCAUCUCUUCGACACCCUCACCCACACAGUCCAAGGCCUCCACUCCACCCCUUUAGAUGCCCCCAAAAUGCGUGGUGUAGUCGCCGACAUCACAACCCUACCCUCCAUCAGCGCCAUCCUCACUUCUCUAACUGACCACUUUCACAGCCAAAAGCUCAGUAUCGUCGUCUUCAAUGCGUCUUUUAAUACAAGACCGCGUGUGGGGGCAGCUUCUGAACACGACAUUUCGAGUUCGUUGACGGGAAACUUGCAUUGGCCGAUUGUUGUCAUGGAGAACUUGGUGAGGCAGAACAUGUUUACGGAGAAUAGUCGCGUUGUGGUUAUUUCCUCGGAUCGCGUUCGUGAUCCGUCACCGGGCUCGGGCUUGUUCAAUGCGACGCGUGCUGCCAUGGAAUCCCUUGUGAGGUCUUGGGCUACUGAGCUCCCAUACGACUUCCCUGGGACCACUGUGAACGCUGUGUCUGUUGGUUUGACGGAUACACCCGGGCUGCGGUCCUUUCCUCCUGCUGCGGUUGAAGCGUUGAAGGAGCAAAGAUUGAAGAAGGUCAAGGUAGUGGAGGGAGGGAGAAUGGGGUACGCCGAAGAUGUAGCCGAUGUUGUGGAUUGGUUGUGGUGGUACAUGUCUAAUGGCGUCAAAGUGUCGUAA